GUUUCUGCUUCACGUCAGUUUUCAUCGCUAUAUUUUGUACAUUUUGGUCUUUUAAACGAGUAUCGAAUAUUAUCAAAUAACUAGCAAUGUCCUCUUGGAAAAAAGCUUCCAAGAGCAACCAAAAGGUGCAUCGCGAGCGUCACCAGCCGGAAGACCGCAAACAUCUGGGUCUGCUGGAAAAGAAGAAGGAUUACAAGAAGCGGGCAAACAAUGAACAUCUCAAGGAGCACACAUUGAAGUUGCUGCAUAAACGCGCACUAAAUAAAAAUCCUGAUGAAUUCUACCAUCAUAUGAUCAAUUCCAAACUAGAAGAUGAUGUUCAUCAUGAAAAAGAGCAGGAACCAGAUGAGCACAGCAAAGUGCAAAAAGCUCUAAUGCAGACACAAGAUAUGCAAUAUGUGACUAUGAAACGCACUAUGGAAGCAAAGAAAAUUAUGCGGCUACAGUCACAACUGCACAUGAUUGAUUUCGCAAAUACAGUGAAGAACAAGCACACUUUCUUUGACGAUGGUGACGAUGAAGUAGUCGGGAAGGAGUUGAGUAAGAUGGAAUUAGCAAAGCGUCUCGACACGCAUCCUAGUUUACUACAACGCAAAACAAAUCGGCCACGUAUAGAGGAUUUAGAGAAAAUGAAGUUACCCGAACUGUCUCCAGAAGAAAUCAGAAAGGCUAAUGCUCUGAAGAAACAGUCAUAUCAAGAGCUCACCAAACGUAUUGAGCGUGAAAAGGAAUUGGCAGUGGCACAGCAAAAGUUACAAAUAAAACGCGUACUGAAGCAAAAACGACUUCUGAAGCCCAAAAAAAUUAGAAAAGGGACGAAGGAUGCACCGCCGAUUUUUAAAUUUAAGUAUGAGCGUAAAAAGUGAAUACAUAAAGUAAAAAAACAAAAUUGUAGAUGCAUAA